AUGGAAGUGGAGGAGAAACCGGUGCAAGAAGGCCGGCUUCGAGUCAUUUCGAAGGUGAGAUCGGUGCCGUUGCGAGCCAUCGAGGAGCGAACCGCGGGCCAGAAGUUGGAGAUUCCCUCGGAAGGCGUGAUCGUUCCGGUCCCAACGCCGAGGAACGGGAACGACGAGUUCGAAAGCAACACGUUCUCGAGCGAUGAGUCGGUCUACUCGGAAUCGGACAUGCAUCCAAUGGAUUUGGAUGGCUACCAGACGAACCAGCAAAUCUUGUCGAGCCCGCCAACCCCAUCGAAUUCGAUCGAACCCUCCCACUUCGAGGCGGACGAAGCCGAUUUGGAGUGGGCGAAAUGGGCUCCUUUUUUGCCAUUGUAUCAUCUGUACUCUUCGCGCUCGUCGAUCGAGCCCAAAAAGUUUUUUCUGUGCAACGACCGCAACGCGAAGGUGCGAAGCCUCCUGCGAACGUACGCGUCUUCGGUCACCACGAUCGGAUUGGUGGUGAAAUGCAUCGAGUCGGAGAAGAUGAAGCAGAAAGUCACUUCCUCUCAUUAUUACGAUUAUUCAUACGGCCAUCCCGACGUUUUGAAUCACGAUCCGUUCUGGUCGCGACUCUUCUCUCCGCUUUCGUCCGCCAAACUGCACGAUUUCGAGAAGGAGAAAGCGGCGUUGAAUCCCGAGAACUCGCUCACCGCCUGCUUGAAUCGCUUCAGCACGCGCGGAAAUCUCGAUAACGAGAACAAAUGGUUCUGUCCGCGCUGCCAGAGCGAAGUGUGCGCGGAGAACCGAACGCUCAUCGACCGGCUGCCCGACGUUCUGAUUCUCCAGCUGGAACGCUUCGAAUACGACCAAUCGGCCGUUUCGUACUCGUACUAUUCGAGCUACUCGAGCUACGGAGCGCGUCGGAAGAUCAACACGACGAUCGGCUUCCCGCUGACGGGGCUGGAAAUGAAGCCGUGGCUGCACGAGGCCUCGCGCGAGCAGAGCGAAGACUGCGUGGCAUUAUUACUGCUACGCGAAGGACGAGAACGAGGGAGAGCCGCGGUGGAAGGAGUAUAA